AUGAGCCUACCCGAGCUGUGCCAGAUUGUUACGCCAAUUGGGAUGUUAGGCUACGGGUUCAAUAUGGCAGAUCUAGAGUAUGGACUCCAAUUAAGUCUCAAGAUAGACGCUCCGACUGCAAUAAUACUGGAUUCCGGGUCAACGGAUUCGGGCCCGGCGAAACUUGCCCUAGGAAGCAUGACUUGCCCUCGAUCAGCCUACGAAAGGGAUAUCCGCCAACUCAUCCACAUUGUGCAAGAUAAUCACAGCCCUUUGCUGAUAAGUUCGGCCGGGGAAGAUGGUAGCGACGCUCAUGUCGAUGAAUUUGUAGAAAUCAUCAGCGAAAUCUUACAAUCUGCCGACUCCAGUGAGACCAGUCGGGAGUGGAUGCUGCAAAAACUCGAAGCCGGCAAAGUUUCCGGUUGUGGUCCAUGCGUGCCUGCUCUCACCGUGGAGGAUAUCGAAGCCACGCCAACAUUUGUUGGACAGGUUGGCCCAGAACCUCUUUUGCAAGCAAUGAGUGCUCAUCCCGACUUUGACGUUCUGAUUGCUGGAAGAGCGUAUGAUCCGAGCCCUUAUGUGGCAUUCUUGCGCCUUCCCUGCAUUGAAUAA